UGGUUGACGAGUCAGACAUUUUGGAUUCAAUCCGACUAGCCUUUGCGGCAGUAGCUAGCCAGCUAGUUACGUUGUAAUUAUUGUUCAUCUUCACGCCGCGGAUUUCUUUUGUUCGAAUAAAAGCGGGUUCACAGUGUCAAGUUCACGAUGAAUCCCGAAUAUGACUAUUUAUUCAAGUUGCUCUUGAUUGGUGACUCUGGUGUUGGAAAGUCUUGCCUCCUCCUCCGAUUUGCUGAUGACACAUACACAGAAAGCUACAUUAGCACUAUUGGUGUGGACUUUAAAAUAAGAACUAUAGAAUUAGACGGAAAGACCAUCAAACUUCAAAUCUGGGAUACAGCAGGGCAAGAGAGGUUUCGAACAAUAACUUCCAGCUACUACAGAGGAGCACAUGGCAUUAUUGUAGUCUAUGAUGUUACAGAUCAGGAUUCCUUCAAUAAUGUUAAACAGUGGCUACAGGAGAUUGACCGCUAUGCCAGUGAAAAUGUUAACAAGUUAUUGGUUGGCAACAAGUGCGACUUAACAACAAAAAAAGUGGUGGACUGUACAACGGCAAAGGAAUUUGCUGAUUCCCUUGGCAUUCCUUUCUUGGAAACUAGCGCUAAGAAAGCCACCAAUGUGGAGCAGGCCUUCAUGACAAUGGCUGCUGAGAUCAAGAAAAGAAUGGGCCCUGGAGCCACAGUUGGUGGUGCUGAGAAGUCUAACGUAAAAAUCCAGAGCACUCCAGUGAAACCUGCGUCUGGGGGCUGCUGCUGAGGCACCCUCUCCCCUAGCCCUACUCACCUCGGGCCCUGGAUAUUGGAGCGAGCCCCAAUAUAUGAGAAAGAGAGAGGAAUAGAUCAUUUGCUAAUGAGCAAAGAGUGAAUGUGGAAAAUAGAAGGAAUAAACGAGUGUAAAAACAGGCAACAAUUUAAGAUACCCAAGUUGUACUGUGUAGCCGCAUUAUCAAAAAAAAAAACAAUCUAAAAUCUGCUGCCCCCUUCCCUUGCUGUCCACAAAACAAAAACUGAUAAGAGGUCAGAGAUUUGGUAACGGUCAGCCCCCAUCACCCCUACCUCCGGCCAGGGGCUGCUUUUAACAAACCCACCCCAAAGAAAGAAUGGAUUUCAUUUUCACUCAAUGAUUUUAAGUCCUCUGUUUGCAGGUUUCUAAGAAUAAUGUUUGUAUUUAUCUCUCUGCAUUCCUACUGCAGGGCUGGUCUGUGGUCAAUUUUCAACUAAUCUUUUUCUGUCCUUUACUGUUCUUACUUUAUUCAUUGUUGAUUAUUUUACUGUUUAUAUUGCAUGUGUAGGUUUCUGUCCCCAUAGAUUAUGUUUGGCCAGUUCUGACCAACAGUGGUUCACAGUCUAACAUCAGACUAGUAAAGAUAUAUGUACAUAUACACUAUGUAUAUAUGUGUAAGAUCUGAAUUGACAUUGCUCUGAUGUGUUAAUUACAGGAUUUAAUAGUUUUACCUUUUGCAUUUAAUUUGUUGAUGCAGACUCUUAUAGUUGUUGCGCAAUGUGUAACAGUUAAGAAAAAUAUAAUUUUUGUACGAUACUGUACAAUAUCAAUAUGUGUGCAGUUCUCGAUGUAAAACCCCUGUAUGCAUUUUAUUUAUUCCACAUUUAUAAGCAAAUAUAUUGUUCCAUUAAUCUACAAUCCCUCAAUAUUGGCCAUUACCUGCGGAAAUACAUUGAAAGUAACAAUUUCACAAUCGCAUAUGUGACGCAAACACUAUGUUCUCUUUUUCAUAAUAAAGGCAAAUUAAUUCAU